UCAGCUCCUGCGAGAGCAGCGGGGGCCGCGGAGCUGGAGCUGGAUCCCGAGCCGUGGCCGGGGCGGGAGUCGGGGCCGGAACGGGCUCCAACGAUAUGGGGUCGGCCGACUCCAAGCUGAAUUUCCGAAAGGCGGUGAUCCAGCUCACCACCAAGACGCAGCCCGUGGAAGCCACCGAUGACGCCUUUUGGGACCAGUUCUGGGCAGACACAGCCACCUCGGUGCAGGAUGUCUUUGCACUGGUGCCAGCGGCAGAGAUCCGGGCUGUGCGGGAGGAGUCACCCUCCAACCUGGCCACUCUGUGCUACAAGGCAGGCACCCAGGACAUCCCGCCCACCCAGCUGUGGGCAGUCCUUGGGUUUCACGCACUUCUCCCCACGAAUUCUGGGGCUGUGAUCAUGGCAGCCACCAUCCGAGGGUUCCCCAGGACCAGAUCUGGUGGCCCCUGGGUGCUGUGUCCCGAGCAGGGGGAGGAUGAUGAUGAGAACGCUCGGCCCCUGGCCGAGUCCCUGCUCCUGGCCGUCGCCGACUUGCUCUUCUGCCCCGAUUUCACUGUCCAGAGCCACCGGAGGAGCUCUGUGGACUCAGCAGAAGACGUCCACUCCCUAGAUAGCUGUGAAUACAUCUGGGAGGCUGGCGUGGGCUUCGCUCACUCCCCCCAGCCCAACUACAUCCACGACAUGAACCGGAUGGAGCUGCUGAAGCUGUUGCUGACAUGCUUCUCCGAGGCCAUGUACCUGCCCCCAUCUCCGGACAGUGGCAGCACCAACCCAUGGGUGCAGUUCUUUUGUUCCACGGAGAACAGACACGCCCUGCCUCUCUUCACCUCCCUCCUCAACACCGUGUGUGCCUAUGACCCUGUGGGCUACGGGAUCCCCUACAACCACCUGCUCUUCUCUGACUACCGGGAACCCCUGGUGGAGGAGGCUGUCCAGGUGCUCAUCGUCACUUUGGACCAUGACCACACGACCAGCGCCAGCCCCACCGUGGAUGGCACCACAACGGGCACUGCCAUGGAUGACGCUGAUCCUCCAGGGCCCGAGAACCUGUUUGUGAACUACCUGUCCCGCAUCCAUCGCGAGGAGGACUUCCAGUUCAUCCUCAAAGGCAUCGCCCGGCUGCUCUCCAACCCCCUGCUCCAGACCUACCUGCCUAACUCCACCAAGAAGAUCCAGUUCCACCAGGAGCUGCUGGUCCUCUUCUGGAAGCUCUGUGACUUCAACAAGAAAUUCCUCUUCUUUGUGCUGAAGAGCAGCGACGUGCUGGACAUCCUCGUCCCCAUCCUCUACUUCCUCAAUGAUGCCCGAGCAGACCAGUCUCGGGUGGGCCUGAUGCACAUUGGCGUCUUCAUCCUGCUGCUUCUGAGCGGGGAGCGGAACUUCGGGGUGCGGCUGAACAAGCCCUACUCAGUGCGGGUGCCCAUGGAUGUCCCCGUCUUCACGGGUACCCACGCGGACCUGCUCAUCGUGGUAUUCCACAAGAUCAUCACCAGCGGGCACCAGCGGCUGCAGCCCCUCUUCGAUUGCCUGCUCACCAUCGUGGUCAACGUGUCCCCCUACCUCAAGAGCCUGUCCAUGGUGGCUGCCAACAAGCUGCUCCACCUGCUGGAGGCCUUCUCCACGACCUGGUUCCUCUUCUCUGCCGCCCAGAACCACCACCUGGUCUUCUUCCUCCUGGAGGUCUUCAACAACAUCAUCCAGUACCAGUUUGAUGGCAACUCCAGCCUGGUGUACGCCAUCAUCCGGAAGCGCAGUGUCUUCCACCAGCUGGCCAGCCUGCCCGCCGACCCGCCCGCCAUCCAGAAGGCUCUGCAGCGGCGCCGGCGGGCGCCGGAGCCCCUGUCCCGCAGCAGCUCGCAGGAAGGCACCUCCAUGGAGGGCUCGCGCCCAGCUGCCCCCGCCGAGCCGGGCACCCUCAAGACCAGCUUAGUGGCCACCCCAGGCAUUGACAAGCUGACGGAGAAGUCCCAGGUGUCCGAGGAUGGCACCUUGCGGUCUCUGGAGCCUGCGUCUCAGCAGAGCUCAGCAGAUGGCUGCCCAGCCGAAGAGGAGCCUGGCCAGGUGUGGCGGGAGCAGCGGCGACUGUCCAGCGCGUCAGCCAGUGGGCAGUGGAGCCCAACGUCCGAGUGGGUCCUCUCCUGGAAGUCGAAGUUGCCGCUGCAGACCAUCAUGCGGCUGCUCCAGGUGCUGGUCCCCCAGGUGGAGAAGAUCUGCAUUGACAAGGGCCUGACGGAUGAGUCGGAGAUCCUGAGGUUCCUGCAGCAUGGCACCCUGGUGGGGCUGCUGCCCGUGCCCCACCCCAUCCUCAUCCGCAAGUACCAGGCCAACUCGGGCACGGCCAUGUGGUUCCGCACCUACAUGUGGGGCGUCAUUUAUCUGAGGAACGUGGAUCCACCCGUGUGGUAUGACACCGACGUGAAGCUGUUUGAGAUCCAGCGGGUGUGAGGAUGGAAGCCUGCCAGGGGAGCGGGGGUGGGGGCCCUGGUCCCCACCCCCAAGAUUCCCCCCGACCCACCGUCCGUCCGUUCUGAGCUUUAAGUUACUGUGAUCAGGGCUGGGGGCUGGCAGAGUGGCUGAGGCCUGUGUGGCAGGCCUCGGAGGCCCCUUGUGGCUAGGACAGUGGGAACUGGCUCUGACCUUUCUCGAGCUCUCCCCCGCCUCCAGGAGCCUCCGGUCCCCAGGCCUGCAGGCCCGAGCCAGAGCCCCCACCUCACUCUGCUCUUUCUCCAGACUGACCCUCAACUCCUGCGCUGUCCACCCCCAGAGGCCACCAGGUCACUCUGCCCUAACAGGUUGCCCAAGAGAGAGCCACGGACUGUCCCUCGAGGUGCUGGGCAGGGUGAGGGGAGCCAGUCCAAGCCUCCUAACUAGGUUGACGGCCGUCAGGGCCCAUGGCAGGAAGGUGUGUGACCAGUCUGCUGGAGGAGAAGGCUAGGGGUGGCCGACUGCAGAAGCCAGGCUGGGGAACCCCACAUGUUUAGGGGCUUGGAGUGGGGUAUCGCAGGUCCACUGCUAUGUUCUCCCAGGUCAGUGGAGAGAGCCCGGCUCCCCCUUUUCUGGUAACAGGAGCAAAUGGAACGAGGAGGGGACAAGGUUCGGUCCUCUCUGCCCGCACCCAUACUACUGGUCAGGUGGUGGGGCCAGCAUGCCACCCCUCCGUCCUCCCCGCCGUCCACCUGGCUCUGGCCUCUGGCUCUCCCUCACCCCACCUGUGUCAGUACAAUCUUUGCUCUGUACAAUCGGCCUCUGUACACAAUAAAUCCCCCUCUCU